CCCGCCGGGCCGCAACGCAGUUCCUUCUCCUCCAGGUCCGAAGCGAAGGCGGGACGGACGGACCUGAUUUUCCUCAUCCGGUUUCGGCACUGCUGCCUGCUCCGAAACCAGCGCUGCCUCCUGGCUUACCUGUAUGACCGGUUGCUGCGGAUCCGAGCACUGAGGUGGGAGUACGGCAGCGUCCUGCCAAACACCGUCCAGUUUCACAUGGCAGCCGAGGAAGUGGAGUGGUUCAACCGGUACAAGAAGUCUCUGGCUACCUACAUGCGGUCAGUUGGGGGAGAGGAGGGGCUGGACCUUACACAGGACCUAAAGCCUCCUAAAAGCCUGUACAUCGAAGUGCGGUGUUUAAGAGACUAUGGAGAAUUUGAGAUUGAUGAUGGUACCACCGUCCUGAAAAAAGAUUGUGAUACCACGCCCCUGCUGAAGAAGAACAGCCAGCACUUUUUACCACGUUGGAAAUGCGAGCAGUUAAUCAGACAAGGAGUCCUCGAGCACGUCCUGUCAUAA